AAUAUUAAAAUAAAAAAAAUAUAUAUUUUAUAAAUUUAUGAUAUUAAAUAUAGGGAAAUUCUAUAAUGCACCUCCUUAAAAUGGAUACAUUGAUGUACUCUUGUCUGUUUUAGCACCCGAAAUAAUUUUUUUGUCAAAUUUUUUCUCAUGGUUAUGUAUGUUAUAGUUAUUUAAGACAUCCUGCAAAAUUUUAAAAAUUUUGGAAAAGUUUAACAUGCUGAAAACUACGUUCAAACAGUGUGUUGCACGCGUGACUAUUUUAUUUUAUACACGUGUAAAAUAGACUGUUUGAACAUUGUUUUCUAUAUUGUAAAUUAUUCAGAAUUCCUCAAAAUUUUAUAGGUUAUCUUAAAUAGCUAUAAUGUACAUGAAUAUGAAAAAAAAAUUAGAUUAAAAAAUUCUUCUGGAUGCCGAAACAAGUAAAAGGUGUAUCAAUACAUCCCUUUUAAGGGGGUGCAUUGUAGAAUCACACUGAAAUAUAUUAUAUUUUAAAAACCAAAAUAAAGAAGAAAAAAAAAAAAAAAAAAAAACCCUAAUCAGAUCCCUCCCCUCUCUCUCUCAUAUUCUCUCUCACACCUCACCCCUGUUUGAAGCCGCCUGCCCACUGCCCAGAGAGUGGACGACGACGGAGACGACACCAUCUUCUCCUCUACUCGCUGUCGACGACGGCCAUCUCCUCCCUAAGUCGCCGACGGCAUCUUCACCAACUCCCUCCCCAACGACGACACAGCUCCUCCCUCCUCUGCUUCGCAAACGACACUGAGAAUUUGGCAGAAUUAAUUGGAGCAAUUCAUCACUCGCUGCAAAUCAAACCCUUCUCUCGCUUUCUUCAAAUCCUAUCAUCAGAGGUCAAUAUGAAGACAGUGUCAGGGACUGCGAUCUCUUCAAAGCCAUUAUCUCUAUCAAAAGCUACUUCAAUUCUGUCCACAUUUGUCUCUUCUGAUACUGGCGCUUCUCAAGCUAUGGCUGCAUAUCUUCGACGCUCGUUGGCAUCAUUCAAGGAGCUAAAACAGCUUCAUAAAGACCUCAAGACCAACAAAUCAGAACGCCAGAGGAAGAGGCAUAGAGCUGCUGAUGAUGAUGAGGGAGAGACAAAUGUUGGAGAAAGUGCAGCUCUAGUUUUAGACCCAACUCAAGAAGUAGUGCAACACGAGUUGGAACCUGAGCGUAAAAAACAACGCAGAUGAGUUCAUUGUUUGAUGAUUCUUCUUUUAAAGUUUCCCAAUGUUGGCUAGAUUUUUGGAUUUCUGAUUAGUAGGUUAACCAUCGUUUCGGUGUCUUUCUAUAAUCAAUGGCUAAGCCUCAAUUUUGUUUAGGUUAGUACCAUUUUAUGUUAGGUUAGAAAUUGAGUUUUACAUGCUAAGGUUGUAUCUUUAUUAUCAAGUUUAAUUGUUCAGAGCUCGUCUAUAUAAAUUUGUGUUGCGAACUGUAAUGUAUUUGUUCUGAUAUUUGAUUAGUAUACUAAUGAAGGUUAUAAAUUGGGCCUUUCAUGCUA